CAAAGCCAGAAGAGACCAAACCAGUUGAAGCUGUGACAGGGAACGAUAUCACAGCACCUCCCAACAAAGAGCUUCCUCCCAGCCCUGAGAAGAAGACAAAGCCUGCCACAUCCACGUCAUCUACAAAGCCUGCAGCAACGAAAGCCAGGCCCCUGUCCGCUACCAGCCCCAAGCGGCCACCCUCUGCCACGCCUGGCCUAAACAAAAAACCCACGAGCCCUACUGCAGGUCCUACUUCAGCCACUACUACUAAACGCCCAGCCACCAGCACUACACGUCCCUCCACCCUAGCUCCAAAAGAGACUAAACCAAAGGUUGUAGAUGCAAAGACCACAGAUAAGCGGACCUCACUUUCAAAGCCUCCAACAUCUGCCACUUCUAAAACUACUGUUAGGAGCAGCCCUGUUGCUCCUAAGACAACAGCAGCAUCACCAGUUGCUGCAGCUACUGCUGCGAAAAAUACUGCUACUUCUCCACCGAAGAGGCCAACAUCCAUCAAGACUGAUGCAAAGCCUGCAGAUGCCAAGAAGACCACCGCAAAGUCACCAUCAGCAGACUUGAGCCGCCCUAAGAGUGCUACUGGAAAUGCAGUAAAAAGCAGCGCCACCACUCCUACCACCUCCUCCAGCGCACCUGCUUUACCCGGAGUAGCCACCAGUCGUCCCAAACCCAAGCCUGCUGCAACCAAACCCACCACAACCUCUGCCACAACAGCAGAUGCUAAAAAACCAGCUGCUAAGGUUCCAGCUAAACCCAGCAUCGUUUCCAAGCCACCUCGCCCAGCCAGCAGUGCUUCUGCUCCAGAUCUGAAAAAUGUACGUUCCAAAAUUGGAUCAACAGAUAAUAUUAAACAUCAGCCUGGUGGAGGAAAGGGGAAAAUAGAGAAAAGGCCAGAAUCAGCCGCUGCUGCACGCAAGUCUGAACCCAAUGUGGUCUCUAAAAUGGCUACUACUAAAACAACCGUAUCAAAAGAGGGUACCCCAAAACAGCCCAAUGGGAAAGUCCAGAUAGUCUCCAAAAAAGCGAACUACAGCCAUGUUCAGUCCAAGUGUGGUUCCAAGGACAAUAUUAAGCAUGUCCCUGGAGGUGGGAAUGUGCAGAUCCAGAACAAGAAAGUUGACCUUUCCAAAGUGUCCUCAAAGUGUGGUUCUAAAGCAAAUAUCAAGCAUAAGCCAGGGGGAGGAGAUGUCAAAAUUGAGAACCAGAAGCUGAACUUCAAGGAGAAGGCCCAAGCCAAAGUGGGUUCUCUGGACAAUGUGGGACACUUACCAGCAGGAGGAACUGUGAAGAUUGAAUCUCACAAGCUGACGUUCCGUGAGAAGGCCAAGGCUCGAACAGACCACGGAGCAGAAAUCGUCGUCUCCAAACUCCCCAACCUUUCCAGCAGCACUUCCCCCUGGCGUAGCACAUCCGUCAGCGAGAGCCUGGGCUCAGUCGCCUCCUUGUCACCGCUGCAACAGCCAGCUCCCCUUGCAGUGCUUUCUCAGCAAGGCUUGUGA